GAUAGGGCCCGUGCGUCCUUACUCCUUGCGCGCGCGUCGACUGGCCAGUACCGCGCCGUCGUCCGCGCCGGCCGGCCGUCUCGACCGUUCUCAAACUUGUGACCGUCCAAAAUGUUGACAACCACCGUCCUACUGCUCACGCUGCAGUACGUUGCAGCCGACAUACCUUCAUACAUAAAGGUCUGUCCACGAAAUGAUCCUAACGUGGACAAGUGCAUCAUGAACUCAGUGGAGGAGCUUCGUCCGAAAAUGAUUAAGGGUAUCCCGGAGCUGGAUGUGCCAGGGCUGGAGCCGCUUAGCCUGGGUCAGAUCGCGCUGGCGCGUGGGCCUCAAGGCGCCAAGCUGACGGCUGUGGUCAACGACGUCAAAGUUCGGGGACCUAGCAACUUCAUCAUUGAGGAACUAAAGUCUGACCUGGAUAAAAACCGAUUUGAUUUCAAAUUGCUACUGCCCAAACUGGACUUCACCGGGAAAUACAAGAUGGAUAUCCAGGUGCUGCUCUUACGGCUUCAGGGCAGAGGGAACAUCACUGGCACCUUCAAGGACUACGCGUGUAACGUCACCAUGAGAGGGCACAAGGAAAUGAGAGGAGAAGAAGAAUAUCUCCAGUUCGACCCCUUCAGGGUCAAGCUGCGUGUUGGUCAAUCCUCAAUCUGGCUCACCAACCUCUUCGACGGCGAUCCAGUGCUCGGGCCUGCCACCAACCGAGUAAUCAACGAAAAUUCCAACGUCUUCCUACAAGAAAUAAGUCCGGUCCUAGAACGCAGCCUUGGGGAGCUCUUCACAGAAAUGGCAAACAAAAUAACAUCCAAGUUUACAUACAAAGAACUGUUCCCGUGAUCGAAGGCAUUCUAGUUUAUAACAUCUCUUGUGAUUUUGAUGCUAAUUAUAAGAUAGUACACGUUAGGUCUUUAGAUCAACCGAAAUGUGAUAGUAUUUUUUACACGGGAUUGUCAUUCUUGAAGGAGUUAAGACUUAAUUGUAUGAAUUAUGAUAGUUUAGUUCGUAAGUUUUUAUACUUUUUUAUGCGUAAAAAGUUAAUUAUUAAUAAUAAUGUCUUCAGCUUUAGAGUCUCUUAUUAUUAUAAGUAUAAAUUACAAAUCACUUUACCUUACUCUUUUUUUUAAUAAUUUUAAAGUCUAAAAAUUUGAGUGCAACACUUUUGCAUAUUUAACUACUUUAUUUCUGAUGUUUCAUAUAUUUUAUGAGAUAUUGGCAAAGUAAAUAAUGUGUUACAUAGCAAAUAGUAGAAGGGGUAAUAGGACAACAUGAUACUUUUCUAUUUUACGCUUAGGUAAAUUCUAACACCGUGUAUUUUCUUUGGAAAUUUCCAUCUUUUAGGAUCCAGAAUAGCUUUUCCAAUCAAGUAGAAAUAAUAAAAGUUUAGUAGAAAUAUAAAUUGAGUAAAAAGUAUCAAAAUUGUAAAUGAUUAUUAAAUCACAAAUUAUUAAAAUUGUGAUCUGUAAAAAUGCUCAUUUUAAUUUACGUUUUGUUAGAAUUUAGCUGAUCUGGAUUUACAAUUAUUUUAUACUUUUUUUAAUACCAAAUAAUAUGACUUACUUGAAUUACUUCAUUGGAUUGAAUCUUGAUUUUCAAUACUCUAAGGUUUGUAAAUACUAUUUUAGUAGAUGCUUUAAAUUCACAGAAACCAGCUGACCGAGAUUCAUAAUUUUCAUUUGUUAAAACAAACAUUACAAAUAGUGAAAUUAAAUGUGA